AUGCAUUCAAUACGGUAUAUCUUUGCUAUUUUUCUGGGCAGUUGGCUCCUUGGUAUCUCUGUCGGGUGGGUGUUGCCAUCAACUCCAUCUCGGUCGGUGAUCGCAGCACAGCAAUGGCAAACACCGUCAUGUUUGUUUUCAACGACGAAAACUAGUAAUGAUGAAAAAGAAAAGGCAUCAGAGAAAGUCAACGACGACACGACAACCAGCAAAUCAGAUUCCGAAGCUACCUCCAGCAAAAAAGAUUCCGAAGUUACCCCCAAGGCUGUCAGCAGCGAAGCAGACGACGACGAAGAGGACGACGAUGACGAAUUCGAAUUCAUUGAAUAUGAUGAUUUGACAGAAGCCGACUUUCUCGGAAGCGAGUGGAUGGUUGGAACUUGUUGGGAUUCCAAUAACAACCAAAUUAAGGAGACCUGGGUUCGGCUAGCUGUAAAGGGAGACAAGAAUCUGGCUGUCUGGGGAGACAAUUCCGAAGGAACUUGGUCUCUUGAUGCUGCUUCCCAGUUCUUGGCCAUUUCCAAGAAUUUUAUUUGGGGAAAGCAGAUUUGGGCCGGUGUAGUGGACGAUUAUUACUUUGUUCAAGGUACCGUCCGCGGAUGGACUUACUUGACACCGGCAUCCGUUUUGGGGCAGUGGCAGGGCAAGCGGUUAGGUGUGGAUCCAGAAGAGGCCGGAACAGCGCCUUGGUUUCUACUGGAGGAAGACGAUGAGGACAAUAAGGAGGAAAAGGCUGAUGAUGAUGAAGAAGAAGAACAGCCAGAAUCUAAAGAGUAA